CAGGGGAGCUACUGGGUCUGGAGAGUUGACUCAACCUAUCGGUCACAAAAUCGAGACAGGGGUUGUGUUAGCCCACUUUAUGUGGCAUUUUCAAUCCUCAUUGGUGGUCUGCUGUUGGACGUGCUAAUAUCCGUUACCCUCGGUGUCUCUGCACUCCCCAUUAACAUCAUUAUAGGUAUUAUUGUGGUUCUUGGACUUGGAACUGCACUGAGACUUAUCUUGGAAUUCUUCCACCAGUGGAGUUUGAGGAGAGUUGUGCAGAGGGUGGACACAAAUGUGCCUCUUGGUUACCAUCCUGCUUUGUAGGUAAAGCUGUAAAUAAACAAGAUAUGUGGAAGUGGAACUUAAACUUUAUGGCGUGAGGUGUAUAAUUUUUACUUUGUUGUUUGUUUUGUUUAGGUCACCAUUGCUGAUUACCUCUUUCCAAUGUACCAUUUUCAAUUUUAUUAGUUGAUUUGAAAAGUUGUUAUUUCAA